CAACCCUGUUUAUAACCAGGGCAUCUUCAGACCAGAGUCUUUAGAUUCAGUUUGGAACGAGAGAGAGAUUGUAGAAUUUUGUUUUGUUUGAAGAGCAAUGGACAAAUCGAGUACUUUGGACUACAUCAACCAGAUGUUCCCCACAGAGGCCUCUUUGUCUGGUGUGGAGCCACUUAUGCAAAAGAUACAUAGUGAGAUUCGCCGCAUAGAUGCUAGAAUUUUAGCAGCAAUUCGUCAACAGAGUAAUUCAGGAACGAAAGCCAAGGAGGAUCUUGCUGCAGCUACGUGUGCUGUGGAGGAACUCAUGUAUAAGAUCCGUGAAAUAAAAAGCAAAGCUGAGCAAAGUGAAACAAUGGUUCAGAAAAUAUGCCGUGACAUUAAGAAGUUAGAUUUUGCGAAAAAACAUAUAACAACAACAAUCACUGCUCUCCAUCGUCUUACCAUGCUAGUUUCUGCUGUGGAACAACUUCAACUGAUGGCUUCAAAACGGCAAUAUAAGGAGGCAGCUGCACAGCUAGAGGUACCAUCUCUUGAGUGUAUUGUUCAUAUUUUCGCCACAAUAGUUCAAGGAUUUUCUACUGAUUUGUCACUUACAUUUUUUUUGUUUAUAGUUUGUGUGCUAUGAAUUUGGCAUUACUUU